GUGACCUCCCCUCUACUGGUGGUUUCAGUACGACGUGAGGCCACACGCUUGUACUUAAACAUUAUUUUAGUAAAUCAAGGUCCGUGCUUAGACUUCUAUAAUAAAGUGUCAUGUGCAGAAAGGAAAUGUGCGUUGUACGCACGGUCGUACCACGGUGACGUUAGUGUAAUGAAAAAAAAAGCGUAAUAACAAUGUGUGAUUCUACUUCGACUUCUCAUUUUCAUAAACAAAAAAAGAACAGACGAGAGGCACCGGAGAGCAACGAAAACCAUUCAAAAAGCAAGAAGCAAGAGAGGAAAUGCGAUUCCACUUCUAAGAGAGGAGACAGAAACAAGCGAAAAGAAAAGAGAAAGAGAGAUGCGAGUCGUGAUAGUUAUGAAGAGCCAGAACAAACUCGUGUUCAGGAUGCUGAUGCAGACAGACAUCGCACAGGAAGGAAACACAAGGAUCGAAAACACCAACGUCAUAAAAGAGAGGAAAGGGAAUCGCAAGAAAUGGAAAACAUUCGUAGUCAGAUUUCAUCACCUGUUAGAAAAACUGCAAUAGACGAUAAUUUUGAAGGUACAGACAAGAAGUAUCGCGAAUCGACAAUACCUUUUAAAAGUGAUGCAAAGUCUUCGCCGAAGUCCUCUGGUCUGAGUGAAGAAAACGAAUAUCAGGAUUACAACUUUGAUUUUGCGAAGUACAAACACUCUUUGAACAGAAUAUUCUUCCGAGAUAAGGACAUGAUCCAAAGAGGAUCAAAAGAAUAUGAAGAUUUCUGGGCAUUUCUUGAAAAGUAUCUGCAAUAUCAAAAGAAGAAACAUCAAGAGAGUGUUGCAGGUUCUGCAAAAGUAUCGCAUGCAAUACCAGGAACAUUGAAUAUACCCAACAAGUAUGACUGUCUGUACCGGAUUAACUUGAGUCUUAUAAGCCGUGAUGUGGAAGAUUUUAUCAAGAAAGGCCGACUUGUGGAUUAUGAUGUGGACCAAGAAUUAACUCGAGAGCAUGUCAGACAGUUCCAUGGCAUUCUGCAGCAUUAUCUAGACUUCACACAGAAACAAAAGUUUCAGAAGUUGAAAAAGAUUAAGCGUGAUCAGAAGAACCUUCCUAUUUACCAAUACUGUGAACAAAUCAUUGCCACCAUCCAUCAGCACCAAGUAGUGGUUGUUGCUGGAGACACUGGCUGUGGAAAAUCUACACAGGUUCCUCAGUACCUUUUGGAAGCAGGGUUUACAAAGAUAGCCUGUACCCAGCCUCGUCGCAUAGCCUGCAUCUCGCUUGCCAAGCGUGUUAGCUAUGAGACUCUGAAUGAGUAUGGUUCUCAAGUAGCCUUUCAGGUUCGGUUUGAGAAAUCUAAAACAAGUGCAACAAGAAUUCUUUUCCUCACAGAAGGUCUUCUGUUGCGCCAGAUGUCAACAGACUCACUUUUGUCACAGUACAGUGUCAUUGUCAUUGAUGAGGUUCAUGAACGUCACAUCCACACCGACUUUCUGCUUGGUGUUCUGAAGUGUCUGUUAAAACUGCGUUCUGACUUGAAGCUGGUUUUGAUGUCAGCAACCAUCAAUAUUUCUCUGUUCUCAGCAUACUUUGAUGGAGCGCCUGUUAUUAAGGUUCCUGGGCGUUUGUACCCUAUAGAGAUGGAGUACUGUCCCUUCAACAAGGCCAAUGAAAUGUAUGCAAGACCAGAGCGUCUUGACCCUACUCCAUAUAUUCGCAUAAUGCAGAGAAUUGACUCUAAGUAUUCAGCCAGUGAGCGAGGCGACAUGCUCAUUUUCCUGAGUGGAAUGACAGAAAUUAUGACAGUGGUGGAGGCAGCACGGAUGUAUAGCCAGCAGGUCAAAAGAUGGAUCGUCCUUCCACUGCAUAGUGCUUUAUCUGUGGAAGAGCAAGAAAAGGUCUUUGAUUAUCCACCGGAAGGAGUGAGAAAAUGUAUUGUUUCAACAAACAUAGCUGAGACUUCAGUCACCAUUGAUGGAGUUCGCUUUGUUGUGGAUUCUGGAAAAGUGAAGGAGAUGAGUUUUGACCCAAAGUACAAGAUGCAGCGUUUGAAAGAAUUCUGGAUCAGCCGUGCUAGUGCUGAACAGCGAAAAGGAAGAGCAGGGCGGACAGGACCAGGUGUUUGUUUUCGCCUUUAUGCAGAAUCAGACUAUGAUGCUUUCCAGGCAUACACCACCCCAGAGAUACAGCGUGUACCCCUAGAUUCACUUAUCUUGCAACUUGUCUCCAUGGGUUUAACAAAUGUUCGCAAAUUCCCAUUCAUUGAACCUCCAGACAUAUCCAGCAUUGAAAACUCGAUCAGCUAUCUCAAGGAGCAGGGAGCACUGGCAAGCGAUGAGAGCUUGACGCCUAUUGGACAGAUGCUAGCCAUGUUGCCAGUGGAUGUGGUCUUUGGCAAGAUGCUCAUAAUGGGCUCCAUUUUUCACAUGACUGAUCCAGUGCUGUCAGUAGCUGCAGCCUUGAGUGUUCAGUCUCCGUUCACCAGCAAAGCCCAUGUUGACCAUGAUGGCAUUGCUGCCCGCAGAGCUCUUGAGUCAGAUCACGGAGACCCGCUGACUCUACUGAAUGCUUUUGACGAGUGGAUUCAGGUUAAGGCUGAGGGACGUGGGACGCGCAAGUGGUGCCGAAGACGAUGCUUGGAGGAGCAGAGAUUUUACGAAAUGACAAAACUCAAAAAACAGUUUCAACAACUCCUGCAGGAUCACCAUCUUUUGGAUCGAGGUGGUGAUCAAAGGCAAUUCUUGACCAGUGAAGAACGUCGUCUGCAACAUGGGGAAAGAAAACGUUUAAACCAACUUCAGCGUCAGCUGCAGCAGAAAAGAAAAAAGUGUAGAGUCCUUCGCAUGGAAGAUGAGGAAUAUGCAGUUAGUGAUCAGGAAGAGGAUGAUCGGGGCUCUGAUAUCAGAGAUUUGGAGUUUCGUCUGUCACACAACUUGAAUCAGUUACAGGAGACAGCAAAUCACAGCCGUAGCUUCACAUUGCAAGACAUUAACCUGCUGAAGAUCAUCCUGUCUAGUGGCAUCUACCCACAAAUAGCUAUUGCUGAUGACUGCAACUCCUUUAAAGGAGACUCAGACCAGGCCUUCCACACCAAGAGCAAGCCCUUUGUUCUUCUGCACCCCACCAGCAUAUUUGCCAACCACUCCAAUCUCCUGAAGCCAGCAGAAGUGCCUGAGAAACAUGCUGGUCAUAUAGACCUGAAAGGGCAUCUGAGCACUAAGCAUGAGUUGUUGGCAUAUGGGUCACUGCUAGAAACCAAUGGCAAACCUUAUUUGGUUAACUGUAUGCGAGUGCCAGCCCUGCAGACAGUUACGCUCUUUGCUACUGCUAUUGAUACUAAUACAGAUUGUACAAGGCUAGUGUGUGAUGAAUGGCUGGAAAUUCACUUACCAGAUGCAGAGUCUGCAGACCAGGUGAUAUCCAGCAUUGUCAGUCUGAGAGCCACAUGGCAAAGCCUACUGCAGCUACGGCUAGAGGAUACUUUUCAAAGCUUGGAUGAAGACAGAAACAUCAGCCCACGUGCACGGCAGCUGGAACAGCUGUUGGCCCGGAAGCUAGCCGAGUUUUUGGACAGCUGCAUCCCAUACACACUUCGCCGCAUUUUAACUGCAGAGGUGCAACACAUGUACAUAGGACCAGGCAACAAUAACAAAGCAACAGGGAAGUUAAAUAUCUUGAAGAAAGAUCUCCACUUGAAGAAGGAACACCCCAUCAAAGGUGGCGUUCAAGUAAAUAGCUACCUGACCUUGAACUGCCUGCUAGAUGAAGCAUCAGCCAGUGUGUGGGAAGAGUAUACAGCCCACAUGCAGCGCCACUGGAAGUGCCCUCAGUGUGGUGAGAACAUGGUUGUGUCUGUAACUGAGAGAUUGCACCAUGAAAGCACCUGCCAGCACCACAUGUCUGCACCAUCAUUUGCUGGCUCAUCAGAAGAAAAAGAAGACAAGCAGAUGGCAAGUAAUCCUUUCAGAAAACUGUUUUUUUGUGCAGAAUGCCAAACACAGCUAAGUCUAACUGCCACAGAGAUUCUUAGACACAAGAAAUCUCAUGCUGUGGAGAAUGGAAGUGUGUUUGACACAAAAGCUGCCUUAUCUUAGUGGACUGUGCCAUGACUGUCAUGCACACACCUUAAAAUGCUUCAGAUUGCCAUAUUCUGGAUGAUAAUGCCAUGUAUGCCAUAUUGUAUAGGACAGGGUAUACUGUGUCAUGAAGUCUUGCCUGAUACACCGCCUCAAGAUUGUGUGUCGAGGAUCUGCAAUAAGAUGUGGAGUAUAUGGCACAGGCACCUUAUGUGAAACUGGUUGAGCUGCUUGUCAUGUCUGGUGUAGUCUAGAUGGUCCAGGUCUUAUUGGUGUAGAGUACAGUGGAGAAGACUUCUGCAGUAAAGGCUUUCAGUUUGAAAGUUGUUGCAUGUCAUUGAAAGAUGGUCCAUAUGAGCUUGCAUCUUGGACUUGGUACUGGCAUGUAGGAUACAGUCGUCAGUGAACAGUAGAUUCAUGAUUCUGGUCACUUCCUGAUUGAACAGUUUGCCAUCCAUUCUGUGUCAUCUCUAGCCCCUCUUUGCAGUCACAGAAGCAUCCAUCAUCAUGACAGAGUGUUGAAGAGUGUUGAGGCAAACAUGUAGCCCUGCUUGGUGCUGUUGGUGAUAACAAAGGCCUUGGAUUCCUCCAUUAUUGAGGACUGUGACCAUCAUCCUGUCAUAGAAGUUAGAACUGUCGUACAAAUCUUGUGAAAUUGUUGCUUAAAACAUACAGGACUGGUGGUUCCUCUGAAUAUCUCACAAAUAAUAAUGAUAAUGAUAAAUAUCUCACAAAUGUCUGUACAAAGUUUAUUAACCAUCCGGUUUAAGUGUAAUCCAUAAAGAUACAAAAUUUUGUUGAGAAUGGAAUCUGUUGGUGAUGGGCAUUUUGCUGGUCAGCAUCAACAAGGCACCCAGUAGGUGUUUCACUGCUGGUCAUAGUCUUCACAGAUUCUCCGCCCUCCUCCGUUCUAAUAAAUCAUUGAUCAUAAAGCUUGUAUGGAUUGUCUGUGCACCAGACAAUAACAAAUUGUCUUUACUCACUAAUUAUUUUCAGAUAGGUUCUGUUCAUUGUAAUUCUGAGCUCAAACAUACCUGACAUUCAUGCUAAGGUCGUACUAGGGAUUUUAACAAAUGUAAAUAUUAGAUGUUAGAUCAAUGAGAGUCAAAUGCAUGUGUAAACAGUAAAAACUGUUAGAGAAAACUUUUGUAAUUCACUUACCUCUUUGGAUACGAGCUGCUGAAAAUGCUGUAUUUUUUUUUUUUUUUGGCGUGUGUAAACAAUAUCAACAUUUGGACUUCAUGUAUCUCUGUGUGCAAGCUUGUGAAAAUGUUUUUAAAUUUUGUCUACACCUGGAUGAUUAAGAAGUAAAAGUUAUUUAUGAUUUACUUGAA